GCGAGACACACCCACAACCCAUAGGCCAAACUCUACCCCAUCGCGAGACACACCCACAACCCAUAGGCCAAACUCUACCCCAUCGCGAGACACACUCACAACCCAUAGGCCAAACCCUCACCUCGAAACCCCAGUCCACAAUCCAAGCGGGGAAAUAUGUGGCAAAUAUUCAACCCACCAGUGAUAUGAGGAGAUAUAGUACCGGUCACGUUGGCUCACAAUAUUCUGAAACUUCUACUACCGGCACUUACACCUCCCGGGAAGAUUGGACCUACGCGAAAUAUAGUUCAAAUACAAGAAAUACCGAGAUAAGAACAUCUGCUACCGAGGGACACAAUCCCGUAGUACGAAACUCCGAGGACACAAAUGCCGGGUACACAAGAGCAUCAAGUCAAUCUAUCGAGAAACUUUGCUCCGUGGUGCGAAAUGUCGAGGCACCAAAGAACUUAAAGGAACUUUAUUCGAAGGGACCAAAUUCGAAGGGACUAAACUCGAAGGAACCUAAUUCGGAGGAACUAAAUUCGAAGGAACCUAUUUCGAAAGAACCUAUUUGGAAGGAACCUAUUUCGAGGGAACCUUAUUCAGGGGAAACGAAUUCGAAGGAACCUGUUUCAAGGGAACCUUAUUCGGGGGGACCAAAUUCGAAGGAACCUAAUUCGAAGGGACUAAAUGCCGGUGAUGUGAAGAAUUCGACUUUGUUAGCUAUGAAAGUUGCGGACAUUAUUGAACAGCGAAAGGCGCAACGGAGAAAAAAGCGUCGUAGUUCACCAACCGUUGUGGUCAUAUCAGAUUCGGAAGACGAAGGAUUGAAGAUAUCUUCACCGCUUUCCAGCGACGAAAAUGGAGAUGUUUUCACAGCUGCCAGUCCGGUUUACAGAAUAGAUGGAGGUAGCGACGAUUUUCUACGGGAGAAUGUGGAUUUAAAUCCAUCUCGUAAUAGCGAUGGUGAAAGUGCCUGUGUUAUUACCGGGGUUAAAGCACCCGGGGAACAGUCCGUUCGGUUAGAAAGCGAAAAACUCGGCCGUAAGACGAUUGAUGAAACUGGGCCGAGUAGGGUCAGAAGAGAUUCCUAUGAUUUCAACAAUAAUACGAAUGAUAGUCAAGAGGUGACCACGUCGAACUACAAGCAGAAUGGCUUGGGAACGAACCGCGAGCAUGGGGGGAAUGGGCUGAGCACGAGUUAUCGGUCUGUUCUAUACGAGCGGGAAAGUGCGGGACAUUCAGGUACACAGAGUGCCAUCAUGAGUGAGCAGUUGUUGUCGGAUGAGAGCAGGGGACUUAAGAGGUGUCUUGAUGAUAAAUCGGAGUAUUUUGUCGCGGGAUCCGCAGAAAUCGCUGGGAAUUCUCUCCAGGAUGCUGCGAGAAAAAUUCGCAGAAUGUUGUCAAAUGUUUCCAAGAACCACGCCAAUGAUGGAAGCCUGAGUUUCGAUCAGAGAAUGGACAUUUCUUCCAGUCGCCAGUCCUUCCCGGAAAGGAGCGGUUCUGUAAACUCUGGAGAAUACCAAAAGCCGACGAGAAACUACGAAGGCAUGCCGAAGUUGAUACGAUCUCUUUCGGAAUAUGAUCGGACGGAAAGCAGGCCGGAAUUCAAAAGUGAACGAUCUAGGAGUCUUACCUAUGAACCGAGAUAUUCGUCACACGGAUUAAAAAACCGAGAGAAUUGCAUUACCAAGAACGAAUUUGUUGAAAAAUUUAAAUCGAGUAUUCAAGACUGCCUGGAUGACAGCAAGCCUUUGAAGACAAUGCCACGUGACGAACUUUUAUGUCGCAAAUAUGACACCGAGUUCACUGAGAAGCCUGGAACCGACAGCAACCAGACCGUCGUGAAACUACCUAAAGUUGGUCCAAAACCGACCGGAAUCGUGGUCGGUGUGAAGAAGUCACCGGAGGUCAAGCAACCGCUGAAACAGGAGUCUUUGGGCUCGAAAAGUGAAUUGAAAAAUUUGCUAAAACCUCAGGUCAUUGGUUUGGACAACGAAUUGAAGCAACUGCUGCAAUGCGGGAGUGCGGGCUCAGAAAAACCUGCAAAGGACUCUGGUAUAAAAUACAUCGUCAUACCCGAAGAAGAUGAUGUAAUACACAAGACGGAGAGUCCCGAGCUCGGCGAUGAUUUGAAUGUACUUCAUUUUAGCGUUGUCAAAAAGGAUGCAACACCCAAGGGAGCAAAGUCCGAAGCUCACGUGAACAGCAUAGUCGGCUCACGUGAUAAGAAACCUGUAUCGCAGCAGUGGGAGACUUAUUCGCUGAAACUUGAGCAGAGUAACGCGACAAAGGAUAGUUGUAGUGAAAAUUCAACUGUCUCUCCUGACAUCAGGCGAAAUUCCUGGAAAGAAUUAGAGACGGGAUUUUUGGCCGAGGAAAACCGAGAAUCCGGCGACGAAAAUCGAAAGCGAAAAAGCUCGGGUCAGAAAUCGUACAAGUUCCAUGAUUCUACGAAACUUGUUUCGGAGCAGUACAAACGUCGGAAAUUGUCGGAAGAAGGCGGAAUUCAAGAUGGCGAUUUCACUACUGAUGACGUGCCCAAAACGACAACACAGACAUCGAUAUGUCCGCCUAAGGAUCUUAAUAACUUGCUUCUCGUCACAAAAGACAGUAAUUCGCGUAUCAUAAUAACAACAGCAGAUCCUAACUCCCCAGUGUUAAGUCCCUCGGAGAAAAACCCCCACGAUAUUCAACCCUCGGUGAGAAAACCAAGCCCAACUCAACCCUGGGAAGAAAAAACCUACGACAAAAAUGGCCAGGAAAAUGACCCCCAGCUCCACGAGAUUCAACCCCUGGAGAUUGCGCGCUCCACGUCACCGGGGAAAGAGACGCAGCAGAAAGAAGAACUUUCUUUAGCUGAAUGGACAGAAAUUUUACAAGGGCGAAUUGCCCAAGUCAAGGAAAGUAUCGAGGAAGAAAAGACGCCUUGGAAGACAAAGAACAAGAAAAAAGUUUUGGAGAAACUCGAAAAUCAUUAUGCUUGGAUAAUGGGACCAGAUGUCGACGAAGCGUUCUUCGUUUCUCGGAAAUUACAGUUUUUUCAAACGAUGCGGAAACAGUACGAGUUGAUGAAUAAAGUUAAAACGCAAAGACAGUCGAUGAAGACUUCAGACAGCACCCCACAAGUUGAGGAAGAUACGGAAAAAUCAAAAGAGAAAGCCGCCAAACAAGUUGAGGUGACAAAAGAAGCGGCCAAACGUGUGACAAAAAAGACGAAAGGCAUUAAGAAAAUGGUUAAAUGUCGGCCGAAAAGUGUGAAAAAUACUGGAGGCAACCUUAUGAAAAAAAUAAGAAAGGCAGUCCUGUUAUAAUAAACUAUGGCGCUCUAUAUUAUAUUAUGUGAGUCAAUUUGAACUAUUACGAUUUUCCCUUCGGGCAGUACCCCUGAGAUUUGUAUAUAUUUUUUCAUUUUAUAUGAGCAAAUUCCCUUCU